GCUCUCGCUGCACGACGCCACUUGCCAGAUCGCCCAGGAAAUCGCUGAGAAAAUCCAGGAGCGUAACCGGUACCAAAGGAACGGGGAGAGUUCGGCCAAGCUCAAUGUGAUUAUCAGAUCGUCGUUGCAGAAUCUCAGAGAGAAGAUCGAUCAGCUGAAGGACUUACUGCUUCGGGCUGUAUCAACACACCAAAUCACACAGCUGGAGGGAGACAGGAGGCAGAAUUUGGUGGAUGACCUUCUCACACGACAGAAACAACUUCAGGCAUCUUACAAGAAUGAAGGCACGGAACCAGAUGUGAUAAGAUCUAGCCUAAUGACGGGAGGGGUCAAACGAGGUGUAACGAACCCGUGGCUCUUGGAAGAAUCUGAGGAAACCAGAGGGCUUGGCUUUGACGAUCUCAGGCAGCAGCAGCGAAGGAUCAUAGAAGAGCAAGAUGCUGGACUCGAUGCUCUUUCUUCAAUCAUAUCCCGGCAAAAGCAAAUGGGGCAGGAAAUUGGGAAUGAGCUGGAUGAACAGAAUGAGAUCAUCGACGACCUCACUAACCUGGUUGAAAACACAGACGACAAGCUUCGCAACCAGACGCGGCACGUGAAGAUGGUGGAUAAGAAAUCAACAUCCUGUGGUUCCUCAUGCAAAUGCAGCCCCCAGACAACGCUGCUGGAUAAUGAGCCUGUCUCUUUAACUCGGAAGCCCAUGCUGGCUGUGCUGGGGAAUUUGAGAGGAGGAGGAGGAGGAUGGGAGAGGCGAAGGCUGGGAGGAUCCAGGGCUGGAUUCCUUGGGGGUGACCUCUCUCACCCUUUCCACAUUGAAAAACAUUUUUCUGCAAGGGGUGGUGAGAAGCGCUGCCUCUCGGUGCCUGUCCCCUCUGCUCCAAUAGGUCUUCCUGUGUUUGCAUAA